AUGGCUCGUCAGCGGUUGAUCGGUCACUUAGCCAGCCACUUAAUAAUAGGAAGUCAGAAGCUCAGGAAUUGCUCGGACGCUACCCACUCUCAAAUCUCAAUGGAGCUACCACCAUGGGCGCCCUUCCUCGCCGUCGUGCUUGCCACCAUUCUCUUCUUCAAGGUUGUCUUCCGCCGCAAAGGCACUUGCAACCUCCCGCCGGGCCCCAAGCCAUGGCCGAUCAUCGGCAACCUCAACCUCAUAGGUGCGCUCCCGCACCGCUCCAUCCACGCGCUCUCUAGGCAGUACGGCCCGCUCAUGCAGCUCCGUUUCGGGUCCUUCCCCGUCGUCGUCGGCUCCUCGGCCGAGAUGGCCAAGCUCUUCCUCAAGACCCACGACGUGGUGUUCACCGACCGGCCCAGGACCGCCGCCGGCAAGUACACCGGCUACGAUAACAGCACCAUCACAUGGUCCCCGUACAACGCGCACUGGCGCCAGGCGCGCAGGGUGUGCCUCGCCGAGCUCUUCAGCGCGAGGCGGCUCGAGUCGUACGCCUACAUCCGCCGCGAGGAGAUGCGUGCCCUCCUGUGCGGCCUGCACGAGGCCUCCGGGCGCCUCGUGCUGCUCAAGGACCACCUGUCCACCUUGAGCCUGAACGUGAUCUCGCGCAUGGUGCUGGGCAGGAAGUACCUGGAGAAGCAGGCGGCGGGCGAGGACGGCUCGGCGACCAUGGCGCCGGAGGAGUUCAAGUGCAUGAUAGACGAGCUGUUCUUCCUCAACGGCGUGCUCAACAUCGGUGACUCCAUCCCAUGGCUCGACUGGAUGGACCUUCAGGGGUACGUCAGGAGGAUGAAGAAGCUGAGCAAGAAGUUCGAUCGAUUCCUAGAACAUGUCUUGGACGACCACAAUGAGCGGCGGCGCCUCCAGGGCGACAACUUCGUGUCACGGGACAUGGUUGACGUGCUGUUGGAGAUAGCCGGCGACCCAAAUCUUGAGGUCAAGCUCCACCGGAACGGCGUCAAAGCUUUCAUUCAGGACCUCAUCGCCGGCGGCACGGAAACCACAGCGAUCACGGUGGAGUGGGCCAUGUCGGAGAUGCUCAAGAAACCCGAGGUGUUCUCCAAGGCCACAGAGGAGCUGGACCGCGUGGUGGGACGAGAACGAUGGGUGACGGAGGACGACAUCCCCAACCUUCCCUAUGUGGAAGCCAUUGUCAAAGAGACCAUGCGGCUGCACCCGGUGGCACCCAUGUUGGCACCCCGUCUGUCCCGUGAGGACGCCUCCGUAGGUGGCUACAACAUCCCCGUUGGUACGCGUGUACUCAUCAACGUGUGGUCCAUCGGCCGCGACCCGGCAGUGUGGGAUUCGCCGGAGGAGUUCGUACCAGAACGGUUCGUUGGCAGCAAGAUCGACAUCAAGGGGCAUGACUUCGAGCUGCUGCCAUUUGGGUCCGGACGGCGGAUGUGCCCCGGAUAUAGUCUGGGACUGAAGGUGAUCCAUGUGAGCCUCGCCAACCUGCUGCACGGCUUUGUGUGCGAGCUCCCCGAUGGCGUGGCGACGGAUCAGCUCAGCAUGGAGGAGAUCUUCGGCCUGUCGACCCCGCGCAAGUUCCCGCUACAGGUAGUGAUGAAACCCAAGCUCCCGGGCCACCUCUACGCAAGGGGUCAUUAG